GCAGUACCGCAUGAUUUUUAUAGGUUAAAACAUUAGUUAAGAAAUUUUUUUGCAAGAAAUCAAAUAUAUGCAGUGAGGGCAGUGAUUAUCACGGUGAUUAUCAACUGUAAAAAAAUAUUUUAAGUAAAAUGAAUGUAACGCGCAGAUUAAUACAAGUGUGCAAACGUUUUGUACAUACUGAGACAAAAUGUCAAGACAGACCGAAAUGGAUAAAACCAAUUGGAUACCAAACCGAAGUGUCUAUAUAUAAUCCGAUAACGAGAUGCAAAGUUCCACUGAUAUUAAAAACAGAAAAUGUUUUGAAAUGGUAUAUCUGCGGGCCUACGGUUUACGAUUCGGCGCAUAUCGGACAUGCAACCACUUAUAUAAGAUCAGAUAUUAUCCGUCGAAUUCUAUCAAAUUAUUUUAACAUCGAUGUAUUAUUAGUUAUGGGCAUAACUGACAUUGACGACAAAAUAAUUAAAUGUUCCAUUGAAAGCAAUAAAGAUUUCAAGACUUUAUCGAAACAUUUUGAGACUGAGUUUUAUGCAGAUAUGAAUAAGUUAAAUAUUGGUGAACCAUAUUUAUAUUGUAGAGUUACAGACUAUAUACCACAAAUCAUAUACUUUGUUAAAGAGUUACUAGCCAAAAACUAUGGUUAUGUUACAAAAGAUGGAUCUGUUUACUUUGAUACAAGAAAGUACAACAAAUAUGGUAAAUUAGUAACCCCUGUAACUGAUGCUGUAAAAAGCCAACAUCUGGAUAAAAAAUCAGUAUUGGAUUUUGCUUUAUGGAAAGCAGCGAAAGAUAAUGAACCAUCUUGGAAAUGCCCAUGGGGUCACGGUAGACCAGGAUGGCACAUAGAAUGCAGUGCAAUUGCAAGCGCAGUCUUUGGAAAUUCUGUAGAUAUACAUAGUGGUGGAAUAGAUUUGGCUUUUCCUCAUCAUGAAAAUGAAGAAGCACAAUCCUGCUGUUAUCACAAUGUUGACCAAUGGGUUAAUUACUGGCUUCACUGUGGUCAUUUAAAUCUGAUAGGGGAUGUGAAAAUGUCAAAAAGUCUCAAUAAUACUAUAAGUAUACAGAAUUAUCUCGAAAAAUAUUCGGCGAAUCAUCUUAGAAUGCUUUGCCUACUUUCCCAUUAUCGAAAUGGCAUUGAAUUCUCGGAUGAAAUUAUGCAAAAUGCAGUGUCGAUAACCAAAAAAUUCGAUAACUUCACAAGUGACUGUGAUAAUUAUGUUGCUGGCAAAUUUAAAACUGGUGAAAUUGAUGAAAAUCUUUUAUUUACAACUUUACAUGAAACAAGAAAUAAAGUUUAUUCUGCAUUAGCAGAUGAUUUUGACACUUCAAAGGCUAUACAUGCCAUCAUAAAUCUUGUUGGAAUAGGAAAUAAAAUGCUGCACCAAAGUAAUAUAACACCUCACAGUAAGGGAGUAAGCGCUGUUGCCGCUGUUUCAAAUUAUGUUUCAAAUACUCUUUCAAAAUUUGGCAUUUCCCGAUCUACAAUGUCAGUGGCAGAAAAUCGACAAGUUAAAGAUAUUAUUGAUAAUUUUCUGAACUUCAGGAUGGCCAUCAGAACUAGAGCAUUGAAACAAAAUCCAAAAGACACAAUUUUAUUAAAAGAAUGCGAUACCGCGCGAAUGAAUUUAUCUACUUGUGGAAUUAUAAUAAAGGAUCAGCAAGAUGUCACUAGUUGGAGUUGGAAAUAGCAUAUAAUAAUAAUUCUAUGUAAUUAGAUGUUAAAUUAAAAUUUAUUAAAAUAAUAACCUGUUCAAUCAUCAAUUUUUCUAAGUUUUUGUGAAAUAUCAUCGUUGUCAUCA